CAACUACUGCUGCUAUUGUUUUUAAAAACUUAUUGCCCAAAUAUGGUAAAGUAAUCUAUUUCUAAAAAAGUGCUUUUGGCUCCCAAAAACUUGAAACAAACAUGAUAUUUGAAAAUAGAAAGAGGUUACAAAUUUUGCAAAUUUGGGGAAGUUGCAGAAAAAUGGGCAGUACACAAUAAGCGAAUCGUCCCAAUUCCCAACCCCAAAAGUUGCUAUAACCAUCUCUAUACUUCCCUUUCAUUUCCAUAAUUGUUUCAAUACUUCUUCUAAAAAAACCAGUGCAAAGUAUUCAUCUUUCUGGGCGCUGUGAUCUCUUCACAUACCUCUGGCCAUUUACAUCAUUGUGCAAUAUGAUUCUAUUUGGGACUCAAUGCUGUGCGACCUUGAAAUUCUCUUCUAUGUGGUGGUUCCUAUGAAAGAUAUAAAGGAAAGUGGACAAGUCCCGGGAAGUGUUGUCAUCAAGCAUCUUUUGGACCACCUCGCUUGUGUGAGAGUUACAGAAGAUUGCGGAUAUUUUCUCAGAAUAACAAAAGUGAAGAGCAUAGGCAAUGGAAAGAUGUACCAAGAAAAACUGAACAAUGGAAAGUUGAUGGAAUUAUCAGAAUACAUCAUUUUCCCUGUAACCUUCUGUUUUCGUUCCUUCUUACCAAAAACUGGGGAAGUCUUGGUUGGUAUUGUUAUCAAGGUUGUAAGCAACGGAGUCUUUCUGAAAUGCGGACCUAUGAAGUUUGUUUAUCUGAGUGUUCGAAAGAUGCCAAAUUACACCUACGUUUCGGGUGAGAAACCAUUCUUCUUAUGUGAUGAUCACUCGAGGAUUGAAAACGAAGUGGCAGUCCGAUUUGUUGUGUUUGCUGUGAGAUGGAACAAUGGAGCUGUUGCUAGGGAUUUCAACAUUCUUGCAAGCAUAGAAGGUGAUUGCCUUGGGCCAAUUUCACUGAAUGGAUUAGAUGGUUUAGAGCUGUAAAUGUCUUUAUAGGAAAGGAAAAGAGAAAGGUGCAUUGUUAGUGUAGUUUCUCUUACCACAUCAAAAUAUGAAAACAAGAAACUUUGUAUAGGUUGAGUUACUUUAUUAUUAGAGGUGAAUGAGUUAUCAGUGAGAUUAUAUUUGUAAAUGGUAGAGUUACAGCUUUGCUGAGAAUAUGUUGGAGAACUGAAAAUGGCUGAGAUACCAUAACAAAAGAAGUAACAAAUGAUAUCUUGGAAGUA